UAUAAUAUUUGCUUCUUCCUCAAACAUGAUUAUUAUUUUUACUUCUAAAUAGAUUUUUAAUACGAAUUUAACGAACUAGUUAGACUACGACCUUUGGUCAAAAAUAUGGGGUGUCAUUUAAAAAAAAACUGAAGAUAGUCUUAAAAAACAUUUUAUAAUUUUUGCAACUUAUAGUCAAUCAAAAACAGAUAAACGUUUGUUUAAACUAUUUUCUUAUGAAAUUAUCGCAAGUUGUUGAAAAAUCAUAAAUACAGUUAUAUAGGACACCUUGCAUAUGCUAUAAGAGGUUUUGAAUUUAGCCGCCAUGAUGACGUAAUUGAUCAAAGUAACAGUAGGGUAUAGUUCACGACUGACUCAUUAAUAACAAUAUAUCCACAAAGAUGAAUUAAAUGCUUAAACGCAGGACGACUGAGCGGUGAAGAGAAUUUUAUCGUAAAAGAAGCGUGUGUUAGAUAAAUAAAAUGCAAGUAAAGUGGCCAAAUUGAUACGCAAAGUGUAUCUCAUUUGAAUAAAUGAAAAUAGCGUGGUUGAUAUCAAAGUGAUUUCAGUUCAACCGAGUGAGAUAACCUCUCAAUCAAAUCAACUUAAGUGUCAUUUCGAACAAGAACUUUGUGCAAUAAGUUAAAUGUAAUGGCGUGUCUCCUUUUAAAUCAGGAAAAUGUUAAUAUCAAAAUACCAUCGGUUGAAAAUUUGGAUGGUAUCACCUAUUACUGUAUUGAGGUUAAGGUAGUUUCCGUCAAGUGGACCGUGAAGCACAGGUACAACGACUUUGUGGAACUUCAUGAAAAAUUGGUUACGGAGCACUGCGUGGAAAAGGAUAUCUUACCACCGAAGAAACUAAUUGGUAAUAAAUGCGAAGCCUUCGUGGAAAAGCGCAGGGCCAGUUUGGAGAAAUACUUGAACGCCGUUUACAAUUAUUUGAAGAAAGCUAUGCCCAGGGAAUUAGCCGUCUUCUUGGAUCUACACAUCUACGAUAUAUUUUUUCUACUACAAAGCAUGGCCUUGGAAUUGUUCACCGAAGGCUGUAACUUAUUAGAGAAUUCUAAAAGUUACAAAUUUAAUCCGGUAGAGUUAUAUGCGAUUAGCGAAAGAUUAAAACAUCCGUGUCCUAUCAUGGAGGUCGUAGAUAAGAAAUAUGACUUUAGUCAUGUUUUGGAUUUUAAUAGUCAUUUGAGUAAUUUAACGAUAUUAGGUAGUACCGAGCCGUAUAAAAAUAGCAACAUCUAUUCCUCCUCUUUAUCCAUCGAAUUGUCGAGUUUUAAAAAUCUCGAAGAAUUAACGAUAGACCGAUAUCCCGUUGAUAAGAUCUAUAAUAUGGGAAAUGUUCGGGAUACCGUUAAAGUUCUCAGAGUUACUAACACUAAACUACGAAAUAUCGUCGAGCUUGCAAUGUGCGAGGAAGUUCACAAACAUAUAAACAACGCGAAUGAUUCUCACGUGUGGUUAAAAGUAACUCAUUUGGAUCUCAGUGACAAUCGAAUAGAAGUCAUAGACGAAGCUAUCAGAUUGAUGCCACACAUAGAAGUUCUCGUUUUAAAUAAUAAUCUUUUAUCCGAGAUAUCAAACGUUACCUUAUUACCAAGAUUAUCUCAGAUCUAUCUGGCAUCGAAUAACUUUACCAGCUUACCCGAUGAUUUGCAUACUAAACUAGGUUACAUAGUUUACAUAGAUUUGUCGCAAAAUAAGUUAACCUCAUUGGCCAGUUUCUCUAAGUUGUACUCUUUGGAAGGUCUCGAUGUAAGUUGUAAUCGUAUUGAGAAAAUCGAAGAAGUCAAAAAUAUCGGUCACUUGCCUUGUCUCGAAGACUUGAGAUUAACCGGUAAUCCUGUAUCAACUAUAGUUGACUAUCGAGUCAAAGUAUUGGAGCCCUUCGGAAAGAGAGCAGUUGAUAUUUGUCUCGACAAUGAGAAACCUAAUCAAAAGGAGCUGGAUACCGUAUCGGUGCAUCAAGCUUUACGUAUUGCUAGAGAAGGAAAAUCUCCUACUUUCACAGCGGCUGAUGCACCAUUAUUUUCUGCGGAGAUACCGGGUCUAUAAAAUCAAGACAUUUUUACAUUUCUAUACAAUAUUUAUCGAAAGAUACUAAUUGACCCGACUAGCACUCGAUACACUUAUUUUUUAAAUCAUUGAACUAAAUUUCUUUAAAUAUUUGACGAUUACCAAUUAUUUAAUAAUUUAAUUCACAAUCAUUUCUUGUAUUAUAUUAUUUUAUCGCGUCUAGACGUAAAAAUUAACUUGUAGAUAACUAUGCCAAAAAAAAAAAAACAGAUCUGUAGAUCUGUAGAAAAAGAGAUCUGUAUCAAAUCAAAAUGAACAAAUGAAGAAGAAAAUAGCACUGCAAGAAAGAAAGUCAAAUCGAAUCGUUUGUAAGCAUUAGAAAUAACCAGAAUGAAAAAAAUCAAAUAAAUAGAAUAAGCGUAAAACGUAUUCCUCUUAUCAUUCGUAUCAUUAUACUCGCAAAAUAAUAAAUGGUAGGCAUAAGUUAUUGGAGAAAACGUGUCUAGCUAAUUUUAUCGAUGAUCAAACGUUAUCUUCGUUUCUUCAAUACGUUCUACUAAAACAUUAUCAAUCAUUAUCACUCGUUGUUUAAUAUUGUUAUUUUUUACGAUGUAAAUUAGUAUAUGUACUUUUUAAGGUGUUAUUUAAAAAGAAAAGAAAAAGGAAGAAAAGCAAAAAAAAAAAGGCCGUGUAAGAAUUAUGCAAGAAGAUUGGUACGAUGGUACUAAGAAUAUAAUUAUAUUCGCAUAUUACAAAUACUCUCUGUACAAAGCGACAGAAUAUUUUUUGUUAAAUAAAAGAUGUUAAAAAAAAACAACAAAAAGAGAAAUAUAUCACUUACUACAUUCGUCGUGCUUGUUUUUUUUUUUAUUUUUUUUUUUUUAAUUUUAUUUUUAUCGAAACUUUCAUAUUCCUUGCGUUACCUUCGACGAUUAACAUACUCAUAAAUAAUAAUUGAUCAUAAUAAACUUUAAAUUACGUUAAGCAUCGUUGUUACGGGUCUUUUUAACGUACAUCUAAACUAACAAGUAUAUAAGUUAUAAUAUCGAUACGAGAAAUCGAUCAUCUUCCAUUUACACGUAUUAUAAGCUCCUGGUGAUGAUGGUGCAAAACUAAAAAACAACAACACGUAUAUACCAAUGCUUUCGAAGCGAAUUAUACGGAUACACGUGCGUACAUAUACGCAAUCAAAAAAAUACAUUUUAAUAAAAAAA